GCAUGUACGGGCGCACUGAUACACGCACAUGUCGCUGGCACCACAUGGACAACAAUCGGAUAUGUUGAGAGGUAGUAACCCUUUCUCCACUGAGGAGGCCUCAGAUGGCGAGGGUGACACGCACACAACAUCUGAACACGAUCAGCAAUCACAAUAUACACAACAGCUUAAUCGCAAUCCGUAUAAUAAUUCUGCCGAGAGUAAUGGAGCUGGGGUUGGGGCUGAAGUGGGGUCGGAGAAGGUGGUCAAUCCAUUCAAUGAUAAUUUUGUAGAUGUAGAGAUGACUGUGGUUCAAGACAUAGGACUGCAAGAAGCGAACUCGAGUUAUGGGCUGCGUCCAAGCCAUUCAACACAUGCUAUCGAUGUAAACGAUGUGGAAAAUAUAAAUGAAACAAUUCAGGCGAUGGAUGAGCAACAGAAGGAGCUCAGAGAAUACUACUACAACACACAGGAACCGCGGCCAAAUACCAUAUACUAUAGACAAGAUGGGUCCCGAAAUACUGGGCAAAACAGACCGAAACUGGACGACAUUUUUAACAAAGGCGGUGUAGAUGACACUACUGAUGAGAGCACUAGUGCGGCACAACAAGAAGAAAUGUUUGAAGUAAAACAGCUCGAUACCACCGGAGCCAUAAAGUUUGGCUGGGUCAAGGGCGUGUUAGUUCGUUGUCUGCUUAAUAUUUGGGGUGUGAUGCUAUUCAUUCGUCUGUCCUGGGUUGUGGGCCAGGCAGGUAUUGGAUUGGCUAGUUGUGUCAUCCUGCUGAGUACCGUGGUGACCAUAAUCACGACUGUCUCGAUGAGCGCUAUAUGUACCAAUGGCGAGGUGAAAGGUGGCGGAGCAUAUUAUUUGAUCUCGCGCAGUUUAGGCCCAGAGUUCGGCGGUGCCAUAGGACUCAUCUUUUCGUUCGCCAAUGCUGUUGGUAUCGCUCUGUACGUGGUGGGAUUCGCAGAAACUGUGUUUGAGAUCAUGAACAACAACGAUGCCACGUGGUUUGGGAAACAAGCCGAUGUGCGAAUUAUAGGGAUCAUAACUAUCACGUUGCUACUCGGAAUCGCCAUGAUUGGCACGUCCUGGGAAGCAAAAAUCCAACUUGUACUGCUGACCGUACUAUCUGGGGGUAUCGUGGUGUUUAUGAUUGGCUCGUUCGCUGGACCUGAUGCGUUGCAGCGCGAUCAAGGUUUUGUGGGGUACUCCACCUCAGUUUUCAGCGACAACUUUGGGCCGCACUGGCAGGGUGAAACAUUCUUCUCGGUGUUUUCGAUUUUCUUUCCGGCAGCCACCGGUAUAUUGGCUGGCGCAAAUAUGUCUGGAGACCUCAAAGAUGCCCAAAAAGCCAUUCCUAAAGGCACUUUCCUCGCUAUUGGAAUCUCCACCACUGUUUACCUCGUCAUGGCCUGGGUGUGCGGGUUCUGUGUUCUCCGGCAGGUGAUUGACACUCGGGCAUCUGCCGACGCCAAUUCUACGGUCUAUUCGACUGAAUACGGACUGCUAUAUAGUUACGAUGUCGUCGCCAUGGUUUCCAUCUGGUCUCCCUUGGUGUACGCGGGAAUUUUCAGUGCAACUCUGUCGUCGGCCCUGGUAUCACUCGUGUCGGCGCCUCGAAUCUUUCAAGCCGUGUGCAAAGACAAGCUGUUCCCAUACACCAGCUACUUUGCGGUGGGAAUGGGUCCAGGUGAUGAUCCGAUGCGUGGGUAUUUCCUAGCGUACGGAAUUGGGCUGAUCUUUGUGCUAAUGGGCGAACUUAACACUAUCGCACCGGUCCUGAGUAAUUUCUUCCUCAUGAGUUAUGCGCUGAUCAACUACUCCUGCUUUGCGUUAUCUAUGUCGAAGUCACCAGCCUGGCGACCUGCUUUCAAGUACUAUAACAAGUGGUUAUCGCUGAUCGGUGCGCUGCUGUGUCUCGCCAUUAUGUUCAUCAUCAAUUGGGUAGCAGCCUUGAUAUCGAUUGCUAUCAUCUUUGUGGUCUACAAAUACAUCGAAUGGGCCAAACCCGAUGCAAAUUGGGGCUCGGCGGCACAGGCUGCGCAGUACAUGAAAGCCCUGGACAACAUGCUGGAGCUUGAAAUCACAAUAGAACACGUGAAAACUUUCAGACCGCAGCUGCUCGUUAUGCAAGGCGACAUGUCUCAACGAUAUGAGCUGCUACGGUUGGCCUCCUACUUUUCGCAAAGAUAUGGGUUGCUGCUUGCCACGAACAUUAUUACAGGCUUGGACUUUGAAGAAAACGGUAUCAAAUAUUUGGACGAUGUGAAAAGUCGAGAACUCGCCCUACUGGACAGGAAGAAGCUGAAGGUAUUCCUAGAUGUUUUCUUGGCUGGGACGUUGAGAGAGGGUUUGCGCCAAUCGCUGCAGAUCGGAGGUAUGGGUAAAAUGCGGCCGAAUACCGUAAUGUUCGGCUUCAAACAUGAUUGGAUUCGCGACAUGCAAGAGGUACCUGAGUACGUGGGUAUGAUUGAAGACUGUCUUACUUCUAAGAUGGGUGUCAUUGUGGCUCGAGGCACUCGAGACAACGAGCAUAUGGACACCAUCUUCAGCUUCUUCGAAGGGAAGCACCGACCCAAGAAAACUAUCGAUGUUUGGUGGCUUGGCGACGAUGGUGGAUUGACCAUACUCAUACCUUAUCUGAUUACCAAAUCGAAUUUUUGGUCAAAAUGUAAAUUGCGAAUCCUUACUGUUGGCGAGGGCAUGGACAUGACCACUGAGAGGUUACGUAUGACCAGGCUACUGAGGAAGUUUCGAAUCAGUGGGGAAGUGGUUGUAGUGGAUAACCAAUCUGACAACCCAUCUCCGGAAAGUAUCGAGAUGUGGCAACAGUACGGAGUUGGCAUGAAAGGGGAACUCACUAACAGGAUUCGACGAUACUUAAGGCUGAGAGAACUCAUGAAAGAAUACUCUGACGAAGCGUCCUUGAUAUUCAUGACUUUGCCAGUGCCACGUAAAACCGAGGAAAGCACGGUUUAUAUGGCUUUCCUCGAUCUUAUGUCCGUGGAUCUGCCGCCCACCUGUUUGAUAAGGGGGAAUCAACAGUCUGUGCUCACAUUCUAUUCAUAACGCUGAAGGUCUUCCAAGGAGAAGAAAACAACCUUUGGUGCAGCGUUAACUUGCUUGCCUUUCUGUGUGAUGUGUGAGCAAUAUUAACUUUGAGUUAAGCGCCAUCCUCGUAUUGCGGGACUGACGACGUUUUUGCGAGCUUAAAGUGAGACACGUCCCCUGGGGAGGACAUCUUCGUAGUUGUCUUACUAUCGCCACAUUCACCCAAGGUGACUGGGUUUGUCAGUUUCAGUAGGAGGCUUGGUUGCCUCCGAUCAACGCUGGCAUUAAUGUCAACUUAUGAUUUGAAGAUUGGCAAAGACAUCACAAGUACUUAUUUUGCGUUCUAUGGUAUAGCCUAAGAACAUAUAGUAAUUUGCUUCGAAUCUCAAUGUAUUAGUUAUCAAGGUUCAACAGAUAAUGCGCACUGAGUAAACAAUAAAGACACA